AUGGCCACAGCCACUCAAAUCCCCGCUACCAGGAGUCAAGACCCCACAGAGAGACCCCGAAUGAAUCAGUACGACUCGCCUCACGAGGGCGAUGCUGAGCAUUCUCUACGCGACGUUCCUUCUUCGUUGUCGAGCGCGAGUAGUGACAAACCAUUAUUACCAUCAGCAGUCAGCUCGACCUCUUCAAUCGAUUUGACCUCAGAGAAACCACCUCGUCGGCGCAGUUCUGUAUUCUUUGAGGAAGGACUGAAGGGCGAGGAUGCGAUAGUAGACGCCAGAGUAAGGCGAUUGAGCCGACCGAGCCUACGAGUCCGAUUUCGAAGUAAGACCGACAUUUUCGAGCGGCCAGCGGACGCGGACGACAUACCGAUUCCAGUCAACGAGAUGCCUGCAUUAUUCCCGACGUUUCAGAGGCUGCUGUUCUUCGUGCUCGUCCUCGUGGUGUUUGUGCCGAGUUUUGGCGGUUCGUCGUUCUUCAAGGCUGGCAUUACACCCAUCGGCGCAAAAGCAGGAGUUGUGAGGGUGCCAAUAGAAAAGCAAACAAAGGCACUGCCGGCAGUUCAGAAAAGACAGGACACCAGCACCGAUACUUGCAAAAGAUGGUCCGGUCAAAGCGCUGUUGUGAAUGGUACGAUGUACUACUAUGGCGGCCGAGCCUCGACAUCAGCAGAUCAGACUCAGAAUGAGUGGAACAACGAUUUCCUUGCCCUCGAUCUUACGAAGACAUGGCAGAUCUCAACACCAUCUCUAACAGGCCUACCAAAGCCUUCUGGGGUACCCGCAGUCUCGCUUGGCUAUCUUUGGAAUGACUACAACAAUCUCUACCUCUAUGGCGGCCAGUUUUCCGACUCACCAGCCGAGUCACCUGCUCCGUUCUCGGUCUGGCAGUAUGACAUUGCUGGGUCGUCAUGGACAGAACUUGACAAUGACGAGACAGCUGGCGGCGAAAAUGCUGAGGCCUCCGGUCAGACUGUUCAACGCGCCGCCGAAGGCGCCGGCAUCACGAUCCCAUCGCUGGGACGUGGGUAUUACUUUGGAGGUCAUCUCGAUGGCUACACUGUUGAGGGAUGGUCGCAAUCUGUCGCUCGCGUGUAUUUGACCUCAUUACUUGAGUACACCUUCCCGGGCUAUUCCAACAAAGCCGUGAACAACGGCGCGGCGGCUGGCUCAGGUGGACAAUUUCGAAACAUUACCAAAGGUGGCGUGCAGGGAUCGGCUGGCUUCCCGGAACGUGCCGAUGGCACACUCGUUUACAUUCCCGGCUACGGCGCGGAAGGCAUCCUCCUGGGCCUUGCUGGCGGGAAUAAUGCUACGUUCACGCAACUUAACAUCAUCGACGUUUACGAUAUUGCUACUUCUUCAUGGUACCGACAGGCCACAUCAGGACCGAGCCCGAAAGUCCGCGUCAAUCCCUGCGCAGUAGUCGCCAGCUCUGCCGAUGGUUCAAGCACAAAUAUGUACAUGUUCGGUGGGCAAGAUCUCAAAGAAGGGUCGCAAACGCAAUACAACGACAUGUGGAUCCUUUCCGUGCCGUCCUUUACCUGGAUCGAAGUCGACAUGUCGGAGCAAUCGGUGCCGCCGGCACGUGCAGGCCACUUGUGUGCAGCCUGGAACAGCCAGAUGAUCGUGUGGGGCGGCGUUGGCUCGGAAUUGAGCUGUGACAGCCCCGGCAUCUACGUCUUCAACAUGAGCUCACUGGCUUGGCAGAAUCAAUACACUGCCCUGGAGGGUGGAAUGGACGACAAGCUCAAUCGGCAAACUGCCCAAGAUGACGACGCAGGCGCGUUGGAAGGCUCAUACGGCUACGGCGUUCCCGGUCAGGUCCAAUCCGUUAUCGGUGGUAACGCCGUGGGCGCCGCAACAGUUACCGAACCAGUACAGACACCCACGGCUGGACCGAUGGCCACGGGUGAACCGAAAACGUACACAAUUACAGGCGCAGACGGUUCUGUGGCAACAGAGACCACCGUGCCAGGAAGCGGCGCUGGUCCAGUCAGCUCUGGCGGCUCUAGCAGCAGCAGCAAUGCAGGCGCGAUUGCUGGUGGCGUUAUAGCAGGUGUGCUGUUCAUCAUCGCCCUCUACCUCGGCUGGUGUGUGUACGUCUAUCGCAAGCAGCUGAAGGUCUACAAGAAUCACGUCGCUAUGGCGCAACGCCAGCACUUGACAGGAGACACUUCAGGCUCGGCUGGCGCUGGCUUCCUCGCGAUCCCUACGUCGGCAGGGAAGUCUAGCAAGGAGAAGAGUCUCACUUCCAGCUCGUACGGAAAUAGGACAAGUGACGAAAGGUCGAGUCAGCAUAGGGGUGCUUAUGCGGCUAUGGCUCAUAACAGAGGCACCAGCGAUAACAGUGUGCCGCCGUUGCCGUUGAGGGAGCCGCAGUACUCGAGUGACGAUGAUGUUAUCCUGGCGCAGGAGCCGAGUUUUGUGGGGAUUUUGUUGAAUCCGAGGAGGAGUUUGAGGGUUGUGAAUCGGGACUGA